UCGCCAUGAUAGUAACUGCGGCGGUCUUGCUUAGUGUGGCAACACUUGCCGUGGCUGUAAACCCCCAAAAAGUGGGGUCUUUUCCGGUAAAAAAUGCUGCCUUUACAAACAUAUAUCGAACAGUUGAUAGGAAGACUAACAAAACGUCUUAUGAUUUGCUGAUAACCUCUUUCGAUGGUGUUCCCUUCAGCACGGACUAUGCAUACAUCGUAAGAGAUGUGGGGCGUUACAUGGACAACGUGGGAGGUAUCACACCGCAGACACUGACGGACAAGGUCACCUGGCCUAAUGAGAUAUCAGGCGUGCCACAGAACGUUUUCAACAGCAGCAUGGUUGCAAUCCCAGAUGGAUUCCUUGUUCCUUUCAAGACAAAAGGUGGAAUAAAACUGGUGAAUAUUAGUGGAAGUGCAGUGGGUGCCCCGGUGCGGAUCACGGAGGAGUCUGGCGAGGACUGGUUUUACCACAGAGUGCAGUGGGUGGAUAUGGACAAUGAUGGUGACUACGACGCCUUGACGUGCCGAGCUAGGAAACCUUUGUUUGGAUCUGAGGAAGGGGAGCUUCUGUGGUACGAAAAUCCUUCCACGCCAACUGUGCGCCCUGGGUGGACUCCCCAUGUUAUCGCCAAAGGACCUGAUGUGUACUUUCAAUAUUAUAGGCUCAAAACUCCGAAUGGAACCAGGAGCUGCAUCUUCACUGCACAGUUUUUUACGAAGAGUCUCUCUGUGUAUUGGACUGAAAGUGGUAACUGGAUGAAUAGUGGUGAUGUGAAGUCCAAGGUAAUCGACAACACUAUAGGAGCAGUGUUCGAUGUCACAGUAAAUGACAUAGGCAAUGACGGCUACUUAGACCUUUUGGUUACCACCAACGACGCGACGAAUGGUUCAGUACUGGCGUAUGAAAUACCCCCUGAUUUCAGGACAGGUACAUUUCCUCGGCAUUUGUUGGCAUCGGGCUUUAAACCAAGAAGUGAAGGGAUGGGAAAGGGAGCACCUGGAUCGGCGUAUCCCAUCAAGUACAUUGUUCCCCCAUACAAGCGGCCAUUCAUUGUGUCCGGUGAUGACGACGGGCGUGCCUACGUCCUCCUGUGUACUUCCUAUGACUGGACAUAUAAUCUCAGUCCUUUUCUCGAUGUGGGUCAGGGCACAGUGGGACAAAUAACUGUUGAAGAUGUGAAUGAAGAUUACAAGUUGGAUAUAUUUGUUCCUGCAUAUGACCAGGGUGUCGUACACGUGUACCAGUAUAACCCAUGAACGAAUAUUGCACAUUUAAAAGUAAACACACGAUGAGGGAAAUAAAAUUAUUCUUGGAUACUAAA